AUUGACCAACCGGCAAACGCAACCUUAAAACGCAAAAGUAACGAAACGAAAAAUGUAGCAAAACGAUGAUGAGAGCAAAAUCAGCGAUCGUCUGCUAAUUUCUCUCUCUCUCUCUCUCUCUAUUUGAACUUCACCGAUCAAGUCAGUCACCGCUCGACAAAACCAGAUAAAGGAGACAACAACAACAACAAAAAGAUGGUAGAAUCACCAGAUUUCAUAAGCGAUCUACCACAAAGCAUAAUUGAGAAUAUCCUGACUCGUCUUUCGAUUAGAGAUGCGAUAAGAACAAGUGUGUUAUCUAGCAAAUGGAGAUAUAAAUGGUCUACACUCACUGAUCUCGUCUUUGAUGAGAAAUGUGUCUCUCCUUCUACUGACCGUUGCGUUGUUGAGACCAAUCUAGUCAGAUUCGUUACUGGAGUGCUUCUCCUUCACCAAGGACCUAUCCAUAAGUUUCAGCUCUCUACUUCUUUCUUGCAAUGCCGUCCUGAUAUUGAUCAGUGGUUGCUUUUCCUUUCGAGGAAUGGGAUUAAGGAGCUUGUUCUUGAGUUAGGUGAAGGAGAGUUCAGGGCUCCUUCUUGUCUCUUCAACUGUUUGAAACUGACACGUUUGGAGUUAUGUCAUUGCGAGUUUGAUCCUCCUCGGUGUUUCAAAGGGUUUUCGUCUCUCAAGAGUUUGAACCUUCACCAGAUCCUUGUUGCUCCUGAGGUGAUUGAGAGUCUGAUCUCUGGAUGUCCGCUUCUUGAGUUUUUGUCUUUGUCUUACUUUGACAGUUUGGUUUUGAGUAUAUCUGCUCCGAAUCUCAUGUACUUGUAUCUAGACGGCGAGUUCAAAGACAUUUUCCUUGAGAAUACUCCCAAGCUAGUUGCAAUAUCGGUUUCAAUGUAUAUGCAUGAGGAUGUUACUGAUUUUGAGCAGAGUUCUGAUUAUAAUCUUGUUAAGUUCCUUGGAGGUGUUCCCCUUCUUGAGAAGCUCGUUGGUUAUAUCUACUUUACAAAGUACUUGAGCAUAGGAGAUGACCCGGGAAGGCUUCCAAUUACUUAUAUUCAUCUUAAGACUAUAGAACUAUACCAAGUAAGUUUUGAAGAUGCUAAUGAGGUACUAGUUCUUCUUCGUUUGGUCACUCACUCUCCCAACCUUAAAGAGCUCAAAGUCUCGGCUUCACCAAUUCAACUGUUUCCUCUUGAAGAAGAAGGUUUUGACCUUUUCGAAAGAGAUUACUUCGACUACCAACUGCCAAGACUCGAAACCGUGAAAAUGACAGACGUUUCUGGCAUAAGAAAUGAGUUGGAAUUUAUCAGAUUCUUGCUGGGAACUUCUCCAGUUUUGGAUACAGUCAUUGUAUCCUCGAGUUUAACAGAUAAAGAUGCCAAAAUGGAUAUGGUUGUCGAAUUGCUCAGGUAUCCGCGUGUUUCUCCUCAAGCUCAGUUCCUCUUCCUUCAAGAUUGAAGAAUCUGACUCUCCUCCCUAUCUCUUUAUUGUUAUCAUGUAUGAACAUGCUUUGUAUAUGAUUGUGGAUAAAUGACAAAACUGUUGAAUCCACAAGAGUAAAAACUUUAAAUGUAAUUUGACCAAAGAUGGUACAAAGAGUUUCUAAUAGUUGUUGAUAUUUACUUCUU